UCCUGUCUGUCGUGCUGGGGAUCACGAACUCAGCCCAAACCCCGACAAACAACGACCCGCGGCUCCGGUCAGACCCUCCGUCUGCGCGGCCCGGAGGAGAGAAGACGCUGCUGAGAGUGAGGGUCACUCGGGCGCUCCAACCUUCAGCCUGCCCAACUUUACUCUCCUGAUCCACAGGGCUGCAUGAAGCUGCCGCGCCUCUGCUCCUCUUCACCUCUCCAGACCUUUAUGAACUCCACCUCCUCCACCUCUCCGGCCUGAGCUGCUCCCCUCUCAGCCCUACAGCUAUGAUCCUGGAGAAACUGUCCAGAGCAAACCUCGUCCUGCGCUCCACGGCCUUGGUGAGGCAGGUCCACUCCUCCUCCUCCUCUUCCUCUUCCUCCUCUUCCCCCACCUCCGUGCCUCCUCAGCCGGUGCCCCCCCUCGCCCAUACCCUGCAGAAGUACCUGACCGCCCUGCAGCCCCUCCUGCCGCCCGAUGAGCUCGAGCACACCCGCAAGAUGGUCCAGCGCUUCGGUAGUCCAGGAGGUCUGGGCGAGAAGCUGCAGCAGGGCUUGGAGAGGAGGGCCAGGCACAGCCACAACUGGAUAACAGACUGGUGGGUGCAGUGGGCGUACCUGGAGAGCCGUCAGCCUUUGGCGGUCCACUCCAACCCGGCCAUCUCUCUGCCCAGACAGGACUUCAGUGACUGGAGGGGUCAGCUAGUGUUUGCAGCGAAGCUCAUUUCUGCAGUGCUGGACUUCAAGGCCCGAGUGGACAGUGGUCGUCUGCCUGUAGAGUACAUGCGUGGUAGGCCGUUGUGUAUGGAGCUGUAUCCUCAGCUCUUUUCGUCCUGUCGCGUUCCUGGACCGAAGCAUGAUCACGUGGUCCAUUACGGCCGGCCCCGUCGUGGCCCCACCCACAUCACCGUCGUCCGCAACUACCAGUUUUUCCAGCUGGACGUGUACAACAGUGAUGGCACUCCGCUCACUCAGGGUCAGAUUCACGCUCAGCUGUGCCGCAUCCGCUCUCAGUCAUGGAAGACUGAUAAAGAGCCCAUGGGCAUCCUGACCAGCGAACACCGGCACACCUGGGGUCAGGCCUACAACCGCCUGCUGCACGACAGGAUCAAUAAGGAGUCGGUGAGGCUGAUUGAGAAGGGCAUCUUCACGCUGUGUCUCGACUCCCCCGUCAUGAGGAUCUCCGAUGAGAAGUAUGCAAGUCGAAUGGCAGCUCAGAUCCUGCAUGGAGGAGGAACUUAUUCCAACAGCGGGAACCGCUGGUUUGAUAAGACAGUACAGUUUGUGGUAGGCGAGGAUGGUUCUUGGGGUCUCUUGUAUGAGCAGGCCACGGCUGAAGGCCCUCCAGUAUCAACACUGCUGGACCACGUUCUGCAGUACUGUAAGAAGACUGAUACAGUUAGAGAUCCUCUCAUUCCUCUGCCGAUGCCAAAGAAGCUCUACUUCUACAUUGACCCAGCGAUCAAAUGGGACAUUGAGAUGGCCAAACAGAAUCUGGACAUCCUCAUCAACGACCUGGACAUCACCUGCUUCAACUUCCAGCGCUUUGGGAAGGAGUUCGCCAAACGGCUCCGCCUCAGCCCCAACUCCGUCAUCCAGGUGGCCAUCCAGCUGGCCUACUACAGAGUGCACAGCGACGUGUGCGCUGCGUGCGACAUCGCCUCCCUCCGAAUGUUCCGGGGGGGACGCACCGACUACAUCCGCUCCCCCACCAAUCAGAUGCUGAGCUUCAUCCAGGCCUUCGACAACCCCGCCGUCUCUAGAGAAGCCAAGAUUGAGCUGCUCAGAGAGGCUGUGGAGGCGUACAGUCAGCUCACAGAUCAGGCGCUUCACGGGCAUGGCAUAGAUCGCCACCUGCUGGGCCUGAAGUUGCAGGCCAUCGAGGAGGGACUGAGCGUGCCCAGAAUGUUCAUGGACACGGCUUAUGGGCUGGCCACACACUGGAAACUCAGAACAGGACAGGUUCCCACUAACACGGACAGCGUGAUGUGUUUUGGGCCGCUGGUUCCGGACGGCUACGCGGUGUGCUACAACCCGCAGCCGGACCACGUUCACUUCUCCGUCACGGCCUUCAACUGCUGUGAGGAGACCAACGCAGAGAAGCUGGCCGUCACCCUGGAGAGCACCCUCUGUGAUAUACAGGAGCUACUGCACCCUCCCGCGUAGCGCUGUGGUGGUCUCGAACUUGACUGAUUGACCUGAAGGGCUCGAUGAACCUUUAAGAACCUCUGACAGCCUCCUUAACUGCCUUGUCUCGUCUUCAGGAGGACUCCUCUCUAUGGAGAGCAGAGUGGUCAGGAGUAUAGAACAAGCUUCAGACACCAGACACUCCUUUAUCCUUUGGGUUAAAGGCCUGAUAAAUAAUAAUAAUAAUAAUAAUAAUAAUAAUAAAAAAGUUCAGGAGUGUAAAACAAGCAUAAACUCCUCGUUUAUCAGGUGUGUUAAUAGCACAUUAAAUAAUAAUAAUAGUAAUUAAAAAAAUGAAAGAAUGAAUAAUAAACACAAUCAUAAUUUCCCAUUUAAAACUUGAAAUAUUUGUAGUGGUAGGUAGAAAGUGGUAAAUGUUGACACGAAUUAUGAGCCCCGGUGGUUAGAAAGCUGGGAAAAAUGCCUUUAUUUUCUACUUCGUCGUCUGUCAUUUGGCUAGUCGCUCUGUCUAGCAGUUAUCGUGACGUUAAAAAUGACGGAAUAAUGAUAACAAUUGUGCUCGUGCUAAUCGCACGGCUAAUUUAGCAUUUUUGGCUAAACUGCUUUUACCCUGUCCCGUGUUUUUCAAACAUGUUUCUGACCCGUUACCCCAAAAAACUCAUCUUUGGUUUGACCAAAUAAUGCUAAUGUUUGUGCUCAUGCUAAGUGGAGCGGCUUACUUAGCGUAGCCACACUUGUGCAUUUGUGGACGGUGGCGCGACCCGUUGUUAUCAAGCUAGCAUUUUUGGCUAUUACCACUUUUAUGGAAAACCUGUUUCUAAUCUGUUGCCCUGAAAUCAUCUUUAGCUCAACCAGAUGAUGUCAGCAUUCGUGUCGAGGCUAAGAUUCAGUUAAAUGUGACCAGCAGUUAGCCAGUCAUAAUGUUUGGCUUGAUUUAAGUAGUAAAUUGAGUUCUUAGUUAUAAGAAUGAUGUGUUUUUUUGUUUGUUUGGUUUUUGUUUGUUUUUCUUUUUCCAAAUAACAUUUGUGGUCAUGCUAGGUGGCACAGCUAGCUUAAAAGGAUUGCUAGCCACUCAUGUACAUUUGUGGAUGCUGGCAUUCAUGCACUGCUAGCUUCCACGUAUUGUUAGCAGGUUAGCAUUUUUGGCACAACCACCUCUGUUGCCACUUUUUUGGAGACCCAUUUCUAAUCUGUUACCCUAAAAUCAUCAUUAGCUCAACCAGAUAACGCGGACAUUUGUGCCCAGGCUAAGUUUCAGCACAUAGCCAGUUAGUUAGCCAGCUGAGUUUCAUUUAAAUAUGACCAGUUAGCCAGUUAUAAUGUUUGACUCACACCAGAAACCCAACAAUAUUGCUUAUUCUGUCUUUAAAUCCACGGUCAGGCCGAUUUGAGGACCGAGUUUGAGCUUUUACGCAAUGUUUUUCAUGUUUUCUCAAGUUUGUAAUAGAAACUGGGCCAUCUGUGAUUUGACCUUGCUUGCAUUCGACCGUAUUUCUAAUCCAAAUGUUAAUCCUUUGAUGAUUUUGAAACCAAAUACAGACUCAGUACAGUUGAUGUAUAUUAAGUUACAUAUUAUUUAGAAUUAAAAUAUUGUGGAAGCUUUAAAAGGAAAGCAUUAAAGAGAGAAUGAAGCUCAGAGGAGGCUUCACUGAAGUGUUUGAAAUGGAUACGACCCGUCAGUCAGUCAGCAUCCGUGACCUGCGUCUCAUGACAGCAAGUGUUGUGCUCUGCUAAGUUCCUUUCUGAUGUUUGUAAAGUCAUUUUAGAGGGAAAUUCCACAGAUUUGGUAACCAAGAUGUAAACAGAGUCAUUCAGAGUAGUUUGGUAUGAAAUGGUUCAUUGCAGAGAAAAGUACUGACUCAGAUGUCUUUACAGUGGUGGUGAUAGGAACCAGGGGUCACAAUGACUACAACACAGAUGUAGUCAUGUGUUUUACCAUCCAAAAACACCAGUGAACCUACACGAGUCUUCUGAGUGUUUAUAGGUAAUGUUGAUGAUGCAAAAAUGGUGAUAAAUCUGAAAAAAUAAGUUUUCCUUGGGGACUAUUUUGCCUGACAACGAUUAAAAAAAAAAGUUUUAGACCAAAAUCUUCUCAAAACUAUCAUAAAACAGUGUCUCAGUCAUCAGGCAGUGAAUUCAUAACCAUUUCAUGUAAUAACUUUCUGUGAGGGAGCUUUUAGAGGUGGACGUCUGGUUCCUAUCACCACCACUGUGAACAAUUCUCACUCUAGAAUGCAGCAUUUCACAUCAAACCACUCUGAAUGACACUGUUUACAUCUCAGCCAUUUAAUUACGCACAAAUUAGGAAAAAUCGGUGGAAUUCACCUUCAGACAAACUGAACUCUUCUUGUUGUGCUUGGAAAAAAUGCAGUGUUUAGCAGAAAAAGGAAGAAGAAAGCUUGUGGAAGUUCCAUAGUGCACCACCCUCCAUUUGGCUGCUGUGAUGGCAGAUGUUUUGAUCUGGGUGCGUUUUGGGAGUCACAUGGAGCAGGAGGGAGGUCGUGGGUCAUUGUGGGAUCUCUGCGUCUCCUAUGUAUGAAAAUCUCUACUUAUAUCUGAAAAAUACGCUUGGAAUUAUACAGUUUUGUAUCAGAUGUAGCUCAUUUAUGUGUACUGAAUGUGCCACUUUUUGGGGGAAAAUAAAGACAGUUUUGUACACUAUCAAAAUAGCAAAUCAAGUAUAUUGACAUCUGCGCUAAGUGGUGUGACGGGAGGAGAGAGUCUGAAAAGUCGUCAGGGUUUGGUGCCAGUAGACCUCCAGAGCGUCUCAUUUUGUUGUCUUGAGUCAUGCCCACAUAAGGAACUGUUAAAAGCUAUUCUAAGAUGUCUAAGCUGUUUUCCUUUAUGGGGAAAAAUGAAAGGCAUUCAUGAAAAUCUGUGGUAAACAAAAAUGUCCCGUGUCCCUUUUUCUUGGGAUGUCACUGGAUCCUCUGAAUUAGGAAGUCGAUAAGGAAUCAAAAUGCAAAUAAUGCGACACGCAAGCUAACACUGCUACACGUUAAAGUGACAUCACGACAUCACUGUAAAAGAAAACAAAAAUUUAUGGAAAAAAGGGUAAAAAAACAGCGAGAGUACAAAACAAACCCCUUUGCUUAACAAUAAAGCAUGUUUUUCUCAAUUACGGUAAAAGUCUGUAAAAUUACGGUCAAUUAGUUGUUUUUAGAAAUACCGUAAUUCAACAGUUUCACUAGUUCAACUAGUUAAUCUGACAUUCAGUAUUUUACCAAAGUAACAGUAACAACCAUUAAAAUAAACUUAAAUGCCUGCGAAUUAGCCAGUGUGGUCAUUCAGUUGCUUUGGCAGUGGUCGAGCACAUCACAAGAAGCUGGUGUUGGUAUUUAACAGCGUUAAAGUAUCAUGAGUUCGAUGCAUUAGAGUCUUGGCUUGCUCGUAGCAUGUAUGGAGCAAUGUCCAUACUUCAGCUGCUAAAUGACCUCGUAAUUUAGAGGCCGCUGUGACAUUCGGAGGGAAAAUGAAUGUAAGACAAAGCUUAUCGGGUUAGGAACGUCAUGUCCACCACUGGGUGUGUCGGUUUUUCAAAUGUGCCAUUCAUUUUUACCCGUAGAGAUAACCGGCUUAGACUCAGAAUUCCUUAUUUGGGAAUGAUGAUGACUACAGACACACGUUUCUUCACAGCCUGUACUCUAGAUGUUGGAACAUUGCUGUGAGGAUUUGAUUGAGCAUUAGUGAGGUCAGGUACUGAUGUUGGAUGGUCAGUUCUGGAUCACUCCAACUCAUCCCAAAGGUAUUGGAUGGAGCUUUAUCACUCCCGAAAACACAGUUUGACAGCUCCACAGCCCAGUGCGGGGGGGGUCUUUAUACCCCCUCUAGUUCAUGCUUUGGUCAUAGGCUCCUGAGCGGCUGCUCCAGAGUGUCCCAUUCUGUUGGUCAUUGCUUUUCUAUGGAGAUUAUACAAGCUGUAUCAGUAAUGGGUGAAUCUUCACUCACUAAAAGAGCCGUCUGAAUUCAUGGCAUCUACAUUCAUAUGGAUUGACUGAAACGGGGGUCACUGGGUGGGUCAGGGUGGACAUUUGCACUACAGACGAAUUUCGUACAGAUCAAACUGCUUUUCCACCUUCCAACCCACUACAUCUAUAACACUGUCUCGUACUGGUUUCUGCCUGGUCUGUGCUGUGGAGGUAAUGCACCAUGUUUAUCCUGCUGAGGGUGGCAGGACCAAACAGGGCAGCCGCCUUCACUUCGUUAUUUCAGCGUGUUAGCAAGGCUAAUAUGGAGAUUUACAGUGCCAAUAAAGAGUUACACAGGCUUAUAAAUGUAUACAUGGAUGAAUCUGCUCACUUGUAUGGCUGCUAUUGGAUCGGAUUGUAAUUAAAAGUUGCUUUGUUUGGAA